UUUUUGCUUUCGUGCCGCUUUCCCUCCAUUUAAAUUAGGGCUUCUCUUUCACUGAGCUUUGGAGUUGCAGACAUGGCGACGGAACCAGACAUGAGUAGCUGGACUGACCUCCUCCAUUCAUCCACGAAACUUCUCGAACAAGCUGCUCCUUCUGCUCAGUUUCCUCCUCUGCAGAGAAACUUAGAUCAAUUAGAAGCAUUGUCGAAGAAGCUGAAGGCGAAAACCCUAAGAACUGAAGCUCCUUCUCAAUCUAUUGCUGCCACGAGGCUGCUAGCGCGCGAAGGAAUAAACGCAGAGCAACUUGCACGAGAUCUUAAGUCUUUCGAAUUAAAGACAACGUUUGAGGAUGUCUUCCCUGCUGAGGCAACAAGUGUUGAAGAGUAUUUGCAACAGAUUCAUGAAAUGGCAAUGGUCUCAGCUGUCCAGGAGGCACAGAGAGAUAACCUUAGAAGUUUCAAUGAUUACAUGAUGCAAGUUUUGGAGGAGGAUUGGCAAAAGGAAAAGCGGGACUUUCUGCAAAGCUUGAGCCGACUUUCAACAUUACCCAAGACCAACAGCAGUGCUUUAGGAACUGGGGUUACCCGACCUGGUCAAAUGGUGUCCAUAGCUUCUAUCCCUCAGGUCUCUGCCAGUCAAUCCAGUAUGGAGCUUGUGCCUGUGGUUGACAAGCCUAUCCUUGAAAAGAAGGCUUCAGCAUAUGCUGUAGUUGUAAGGAAUCUCAAUGAUACAAGAGAACGUGGGUUACCUUUUAAGCCUGCUACUGCUUUCAAGGUUGCUUAUGAAGGUUUAGGCCUUGAUGUUCCUGGUGGAAAAUCAGUUAGCAUGCAGAAGAUAUGGCACUUAAUUCAGACAUUGAUGGGGGAGGAUUUGGCUAUUCCACACAAUGUUUCAAGAAAAAUGGCAUUAGUGAUUGGUGCAAAGCGCCACCUGGAAUGGGGGCAUGAGAAGUAUAUCAUGGACACAAUUCAAAGUCACCCUGCACAGGCUGCUCUUGGUGGGGCUGUUGGAAACUUGCAAAAAGUUCGGGCAUUUCUUCGGAUUCGUUUGAGAGAAUAUGGAGUCUUAGAUUUUGAUGCUGGUGAUGCUCGUAGGCAGCCUCCUCUUGAUACAACAUGGCAGCAGAUUUAUUUUUGCUUGAGAACUGGCUAUUAUGAUGAAGCAAAAAAUGUUGCCUUGUCAUCUCGUGUUUCACACCAAUUUGCGCAUCAGCUGGCAGAGUGGAUUUCAACUGGAGGUAUGGUUUCACCAGAAACUGCAGCUGCUGCUUCAGAAGAGUGUGAGAAAAUGUUGAGGAUGGGUGAUCGAGCAGGCCGAGCUGGAUAUGACAAGAAAAAGUUGCUACUUUAUGCUAUUAUAUCUGGUUCUCGCAGACAGAUUGAUCGGUUGAUUAGAGAUAUACCAACACUUUUCAAUACCAUAGAGGACUUCUUGUGGUUCAAAUUGUCAGCUGUACGGGAACGGGAUGUCCCACGAGGGGCCUCUUCUGUUGUCCUAAACGAGGGCUUGGUACCCUACAGCCUAGAUGAUCUACAGAUUUAUCUAAAUAAAUUUGAACCAUCAUAUUACACCAAAAAUGGAAAGGAUCCCUUGAUGUACCCGUAUGUAUUGCUUCUAAGCAUCCAGUUGCUACCGGCAGUCCUAUACCUCUCCAAGGAAACAGGAGAUGAAGGAUUCAAUAUUGAUUCUGUCCACAUUUCAAUUGUUCUGGCAGACCAUGGUGCCCUUUCUGAUGGUGCAGGGACUGGCCAAAAGCUUGGAGUGAUGGAUGCAUUUGCAGAAGUAGCUAGCAUAAUUCGGCAGUAUGGGUCAGUCUACUUGCGCUCAGGUAAUCAUGCAAUGGCGUUGGAAUACUAUGCACAAGCUGCUGCUGCAGUGGGUGGUGGACAGUUGUCAUGGACUGGACGAGGCAACCUUGAUCAACAAAGACAGAAAACCAUGAUGCUAAAACAACUCCUCAUGGAGAUAUUGUUACGGGAUGGUGGUAUUUAUCUUUUACUUGGCUCAAGGGGUGCUGGUGAAGAAGGUGAACUGAGAAGAUUCUUGCCUGAUAGGAAUGCACGGCAAUUUUUGCUUGAAGCUGCUCGUCAAUGUCAGGAAUCUGGGCUUUAUGACAAGUCGAUAGAACUUCAUAAGAGGGUUGGGGCAUUUUCAAUGGCCUUGGAGACAAUUAACAAGUGCCUAUCAGAAGCGAUAUGUGCUCUUUCACGUGGUCGAUUAGACGGUGAAAGCCGGACUGCUGGUCUUAUUCACUCUGGCAAUGAGAUAUUGGAAAUGUACAAAUAUUCUUCUGAAGUCAGCCUUCAAGAAAGGGAGCAUGUUAUGGAACAACAAACUGUGUUAAGGCAACUUGAGGCCAUACUAUUUGUCCACAAAUUGGCGAGAUCUGGCAAUCAUGCAGAUGCUCUUAGAGAAGUUACCAAACUUUCUUUCCUCCCACUGGAUCCUCGGGUUCCAGAUACAGCAACUGAUGUUUUCCAGACUUUGUCUAUCCAUAUCCAAGAUUGUGUACCCGAUCUCUUAAAGGUUGCCCUUAAUUGUCUGGACAAUGUGAGGGAUUCCGAUGGAUCUCUUCGUGCUUUGAGGACCAAGAUAGCGAAUUUCGUGGCACACAAUUUGACAAGGAACUGGCCUCGGGAUUUAUAUGAAAGGGUUGCCCGAAGCCUGUGAAACAAGUGGAUGCUGGCAGGUUGAGAUGCUCCUGUAAUUCCGUUGAUCAUCUGAUCAAUGUGUUAAUGGAGGUUUUGGCAAUAGCUACAAAUUAAACCAUUAGUAAUAUGACAGUGCUGUACAAAAAACUGCCAGCCUUGCUUGAGCAGAGGAAUUUGUAUUUUCUGUGGUUCCUCGACCUCUCUUCUUUCAUAUAUACAUGAUUACAUGAUGUACAAGGUGCCUGUAGCUAUUGACAAUUUACCAAAUUUAAGUAUUAUCCUUUCUUGAAUCGGAUGAGGAGUUCGCUAAUUUAAUUCAAUUUCAAUCA